CAAAACAGCAUUUUUUGUCCUAAGAAAACAAAAAGAAUCAUUAAUUUGAUUACUUAAAGAGUUAUCUAAAAGAUUGCCUCUUACUCAGUACUCUUCUCGAACGCAGAUUCUUAUGAACAUUUUAUGUUCUGCAAACAACCUCAAUUAUUCAGGAAGGAAACGUAUACAUUGAUUUAAUAUCAUCAGCUCACUGCAACGAACGUCUAAAAUGAAUUGCUGUGUACCUUUUUGUAAGGAGCUAAGAGAAGAGCAAUCGAUUAGCGACUCGAAAUUACAACCCGUUUCUUUUCACGAGUUUCCUAACACAGAUUGGCUCAGGAACUCAUGGCUGCUGGCAUUUGAGAUGAAUGAAAGCGAUUUGUCUGAGGGCGCUCUGGUUUGCUCAAAACAUUUUCACGCUGAUAAUUUCUAUGUGACCGGGAGUGGUUUAAUGAAGCUUAGAAGUAAAGCUAUACCCUUGAGGUGCAAAAGAAAAAUUGUUAGUUUAGAUUUACAGGUCUGCUUAAUAUGUCUUGACACAACAAACACAAUUAAAAUGAGUCCAAUGUGCGAAUACAAUUUGACAGAGGCUUAUAUCAAUGUGACUGGACUAUCAAUGAGCCGCAUUCAGAAAUUCAAAUGUGAACCAAGGCUUUGCGUGGAAUGUGCACACAGACUGCUAAAAUGCUUUAAGUUCCGGGACAAGUGCCUGGUAGCCCAUGAAUUAUUGUCGCAGAUAACUCAAGAUAAGGGAAUGUUGACAGGAACAAAAAUUAAGACAAUCAACAGAGAUGAAAAUAAUCUAACAUCUAACAUAGUAAAGCACAUUAUCGAACCUAACCACUGUGACCUUUAUGUUUUAAAAGACGAUGUAGAAUUAAACAUCGACGACUCUGAACAAUAUGAUAAAAUAAAAAUUGAAAGAAAUGAUGAUCCUAAAGACCCAGAUGUUAAAGACGAAACUUUAAGCGUGUAUAGUGAUUUGGAAUCCAAUUGUAUAAGUGGUUUAGAUGCUUCACAAGUCACAAAUGACGAUAAACGUAUUAAUAAUGAAAAUAUGAAACGUGGUGAUGCGAUAUAUCAAGACAAACCCAGGGAUCCUAAGCUUACAAGUAAUUUAAGCGUUGAUUACGAUGUAUUAGAAUCUGACACAGAGGAGGAAAAUUUAGAUUUUGACAUUGAUGAUGAAGGGGAAUAUAUAAAUGAGGACAACGAUUCCGUAAUGGAUAUUGAAGAAUUAAAAUAUGAUGAUACAUUUACUAAUGAAGAAUCUAUAGAUGAUGAUAAUAAUCGUGUUAAAUUGCUCUUAGAUCAAAAAGAGAUAAACUCUAGCUAUAAAGCGCAUGUUAAACAAAAUGUCGAUAGUACAAAGUUAAGAGAUGAUAAUACGAUAAAUUCUUUGAUGGUAUAUAAUGACGAGUUUAAGAAUCGCUACAGUAUCUCUAAUGUGAGAACUCUGUCUCAAACGCAAGAACAUGCUAAGAUAGAGAAUAAUAAAAAUGAAGGAUUCCGCAUGACUGAAAACCCAGAUAGUAAUAACGUAAUUUCAGAAAAUAAUCUGAUUAUUAAUAAUUAUGAAACAAAUGCCAACAUCCACUCGAAAGUUGACGGAUGCGAUGAUAAUGAUGUCAAUAUGGAGUUUGUGAACGACUAUAAUGACUAUAUAACAUUUUUAAACGAAAACAAGAGCACCGAAAUUACCAUCAAUAAUAAUGGAGUUACGUCCAAUAAAGUAUAUCAUCACAGUAGUGACAAAGUUAGUUUAACUAAUGUUAUAUUAGUUAAAGCGAAAACAUCUAAACCGCAAAUAAAAUCAAAUAAAAAUAAUCUUCCAAAAUCAGUUAAAGUCAGUAUGAGUAUCAAGAAAAAUCAAUUAAAUAAACAGCAAGUUGCAUUAGAAAAAGUCAUUCAUCCAAAUAACGAUGAAAUCAGUUUAAUUAAUGCUAAACUUGGAAAAGAUAAACUAAGAAUAAAUAAUUCUAAACGAGUAAAAGAUGAAGUCAGUUUAAAUAAUACUGAACUAGUAAAAGAUAAAGUCAGUUCAAAUAAUACUGAACUAGUAAAAGAUAAAGUCAGUUCAAAUAAUACUAAACUAGUACAAGAUAAAGUCAGUUCAAAUAAUACUAAACUAGUAAAAGAUAAAGUCAGUUCAAAUAAUACUGAACUAGUAAAAGAUAACGUCAGUUCAAAUAAUACUGAACUAGUAAAAGAUAAAGUCAGUUCAAAUAAUACUGAACUAGUAAAAGAUAAAGUCAGUUCAAAUAAUAUUGAACUAGUAAAAGAUAAAGUCAGUUCAAAUAAUAUUGAACUAGUAAAAGAUAAAGUCAGUUCAAAUAAUAAUAAACUUGUAAAAGAUAAAGUACAGCGGCAAACUAGUCUGAAAACGUUUAAAGUAACUAAACUAUCGCGAGAAGAGCAAUUGGCUGAAGUGAAGAAGAGGAUGGAGUCGAAAAACUAUAGAAAUGCCCUUUAUUCUUGCACAAUCUGUUAUAAAGGAUUCGUAAACAGAAAUGCUUAUAGUCUACAUUUGGAUAGUCAUACCAAUAAAUUCGGUCAGUUUGUCUGUCCGGUGUGCGGUAUUCACACCUUCUCAAAGGGCACUUUGACUUUGCAUGUGAAGAAUAUACACAUGUAUGAAUACAGCUGCAGCGUCUGUCCGUUUGUCACCAAGCAUGCCCGUAUGGCAGCGAUGCACGAACGUUGGCACAAUGGCAUCAAGUACACUUGUGAACACUGCGGAAUGGAGUUCAGUAAGCACACCUCGUACAUGUCCCACGUACGCUUGAAGCACCCGUCGGACGUCGUGUGCGCGCUGUGCGGAUUCUCAUUCAUAAACCGGCGUGGCCUGUUAGCUCACGUGCGGAAGAGCCAUCGCUUCGCUAAAACCGAACAGAACUGGAAAGGACCUAUGUGCGAGACGUGCGACAUUCGUUUCGCGAGCACCGCCGCUUACGACCAGCACGUCGGAGUCUCGCCCAAACACACCAAUGGAGAUCCAAGAAAACGCACCAAUCAUUUCUGCAAUACUGAUAACCGCAUUGCUGUUUGCGAGAAGUGCGGCGUCCAGGUCAAGGGUUCCCUGGGCUUAUAUCAGCACAUUCGUAACCACCACGCGAUACAGCUGGCCAAAUGCCAGGAGACAGCCAUCUGCGAGCACUGUGGAAGAGUUUGUCUGGGCCAGUUACAUCUUCGGCGCCACCUGCAGAAACACUCGAACAAGCGAUUUUAGUGCGAUAUCUGUCAGAAGAACUUCACACUCAAAGUGAACCUGGCGAUACACCUGGGCACGCACUGUGCGUCCCGCAGUACGAGUGCACCGAUUGCGGGCGAGGCUUCACCUACAAGCAGAACAUGCAGCGGCAUAUAAUGUCGGCGUACAGCGAAAAGCCCCCUUUGUACAAAUGCAAGAUUUGCGACAAAUCUAUGACAACAGCGAAGUCGAGAGACUCCCAUAUAUUGCACGUACACAAUAACGUGCCAAGAACCCAGAGACUCAGACGUCCGUGAAAGCCCCAAGCCCUCCAAGACAAAUGAGACAGACUUCAGACACAAAGGACUCGCAAGACGAGGAUACACACAGACACAGGAGAUGUGACACAGUGAGGCAAUGUGAGACACAGUACGGCAAUAUGAGACAAGUUUGGCGCAGAUAGUUGAAGUGCGUGGAACAUAACAUUAUUGUUUCCCGUAGAACAGCGAGACGCCAUAAGCGGUGGCAUCUUUUAAAGGUGACAUUCAAUCAAAAGGACUUAUUAGGGAGGCUUAGACAGGCUAAGACAUGUCUUAUGUGAAACAAUAUGGAUACAGGUGACUCCAAUCACACAAUCGAAAAGUGAGGAAAUAUGAUACAUAGGAAAAGUAAGGCACAGUGGAGAAAUAUGAGACACACAGAAGGAAUGAGAGACACAGAAAGUAGAACUGCGACACGAAAUGCAAAGCGAAAGUGCAGAGCACCCAUAUAGUGUUCCGAGUUUGUAAGGACGGCCCUUACCUGGCACUCAUCUCGACGUUUUCUAUUAGGCACAAUAUACAGACAUUCUGGACAUGAAAAUUCUAUUGU